AUGUCCAUGCGCGAGCAACUCCUCGACACUGCCAAAAAGUACCUCGACGCUCACAACUCGCGCGACUUUGGGUCCAUCGCAGCUUGUUGCAGCCCAUCCUGUACACAUCGAGGCGGGCCGUCUUCAGUCAAGGGUCCGACACGCAACAACGACGAGUAUGUCGCCUUCAAUGUCGAGGUCUUCGAGAUGAUGCACUCCUACCAUGCAGAGAUGACAGAUGCCAUUGUCGACCAGGCCACACGCAAGGUUGCCUUGUUCUUACACGCCAAGGGAGCGGCCGAUGCGGGCCAAUAUGACAACGAGUAUAUCAUCACUCUGACCAUGAACGAGGACGGCAAGUUGGUGCAGGACCAGUAUGAUUUCAUCGACAGCCACACCAUGAUGCAGUGGAUUGGGAAGUUGGGCCAGUCGGGAGAAGAGAUGUGGGAGAAGAAGUGA